AUGCCGCCUAGAAGGAUAAAUAACCAGCAACAUCAUGACCAAGUUCUCGCCAGAUAUAAUACUUUCCUCGAAAAUUCUAGGCUCGACGAGAAUGGAAACCCUUUCGCGGAAACCAUCUUUAGGAUCGAACAGCGGCAGGACUGGACCCUUGUGAAAAACAACAGAAUUCUGAACUCUAUUGAACACAAUGGAGAUUCUCUCAGGCACAGGGCUGAUGGUCCUCCUUCACUUUUUGACAUAGUCAGGCGAUUUUUGAAUCGGAAUCUGAAAGAUCUGAGUAUCGAAGCAUUGGAGGGUGUUCCAUGGUCUAUCAUGAAGUGUAUCUGGGAUGAUGUAUUAUCCUCAGGGCAGGAGAAUGUUCAAACGUGGUCAUUGUUUGCUACAGUCUACGGCCAAGAGCCUGAUUUCAAUACUUCCUCCGACGAGAAAGAAAAAGAAGAUCGUAGUAAAGGGAUAAUUUUGAAACGUCAGGUUUCCAUAAACUCUCUUAUCGCUCCAGUUUCGUCCCCUUCUUUCUCAUGGCUCGUGGAUCUGGACAUACAGCGUUCAUCCGGCUACACUCGUUAUGAUUUUCUUGAGCUUCCUCAACUGCCGAAUCUUGGGGCUCUAAAUAUAUCGCGACACCACCAGGACCUCGAUAUAGAUGAUGGCAUAGUUAGGACAUGGUCAAUGGCUGCAGUUAAUCAAGGCAAAUUCACGAGGUUGAAAAUUUUAAUAGCGAGAAAUCAUAAACAGAUUACAUCUAGGUCUUUAGAGUAUCUGAGCUGGAUAAAGAGCUUGGAGGUCUUAGACUUGACUGGCUGUGGCACAUAUGAUAUGGAGAUAGCUCGGGUUGCAUGCUGGAAGCUCGAUCCGUUGCUUAAUAACAUAAUUGAUGAUCAUGAUAUGGCGUGGAAAAUUAUAAGGGGGGAAGAGGAUGGGAAUAAGGUAAAAAAGUUAAUAUUGCAGGUUAAAGUUGAAGCCUCACGACCUACGCCUACGAGGGUUGUUACCAGAAUUGAGGCGGUGUUUCGAAGGCAGGGCCAUCAACCAAACGCCAAACGCAAGCAAGUCCCAGGUACCGAAUUACCCUCAGCAACGGCAAUAGAAAGAUCCCACCCUAUCACAAAAAAGCCAAAAAUCCUCCGCAACUCAAAAAAGAAAGACAUGGGCAGUCUCCUAGCUGAAUUCGGGAUGUACGGAAGCUCUAGUAGAAAGUCAGAUAGCUAG